AUGCCACUAGACUUUAAUCUGUUGCUUCUGGAGAGACUUGAAUACAUUGAGAGAGAUCAAUGUGAGUACACAUUGGAUGAUGAGGAUAGAAAGAUUCAGGAUGUAAUUCUGCAACCCGAACCCUUGAAAAGUGGUGCUUCAGUGCUGAAGAAGACUCUCUCGUGCUCCUACCCAAACUUAACUUUUAAAGAAGCACUCAAAAAGGAAAAUGAAAAGCUUCAACUAGAACUACGAAGGUCACAAGCUAAUUACGAUGUGAAUCAAUGCGAAGUUAUUCAGCGUUUGAUAGAUGUCACGGAAACUGUCGCUGAGAAUACUGUUCCAGACAAGAGUUCACCUGAAAAAAGUCACAAGAAAAUGGAGCGGAACUAUUCAGAUGACAAUAGUGAAAAAGAAGAUUCAUCCGAUGAAAAAUAUAGUAAGAGAGGUGAUAGUCGUGUAACUUCCAGAAACACUUCUUCAGUUUCAUCUGGGCAUGAUCUGCUGUCAACUAGAUGGUCACAUCGGCAUGAAGAAUGGAGUAAUGAUCUACUUGGAUGUUGUUCAGAACCUUCUUUGUGUAUAAAGACAUUCUUUUACCCUUGCGGUACUUUUUCAAAGAUUGCUACGGUAGCAAAAAACAGGCACAUGUCUCCGGCAGAAGCUUGUAACGAGUUGAUGGCGUAUUCAUUAAUUUUGUCUUGCUGUUGCUAUACCUGUUGCAUUAGAAGGAAGCUCCGCAAGACGUUGAAUAUCACGGGAGGUUUCAUCGACGAUUUCCUUUCACAUUUCAUGUGUUGCUGCUGUGCUCUUGUCCAAGAAUGGCGGGAAGUUGAGAUCCGCGGUGUUUACGGUCCUGAGAAGACAAAAACAAGCCCACCACCAUCACAAUACAUGGAAUCUUAAGUGAAGGAUUUGAAGGCACUGUUCAAAUAUUGUGAGAUACAUAUAUAUAGGUAAUGGCCAGUUGCCACUGUUAUUAUGUGAAAAACUUGUAAUCUGAUUUCUACUUUCAUCAAUUCUCUCCCU